AUGAAUGGUUCCCUAUAUGAGGAUUCUGAUGAGGAGUACUACGAUUGCCAGACAGAAGCUCGCUUCUAUGCUGUAGCCUCUCCUAGAGACAAGGGUCACGGUGAAGUUUUCGUCGAUCCAAAACAGGCUUAUUUGAAACUACGUGGGAUUAAGGGUGCCAGACUUAAACUAUUUAACAAUCAUAUUGAUGCUAACAAGUAUGCAGAUACACCAGUUGACGAUGACAAGCUCGGCAAUCCAUAUCCUGCCUCACCCAAACCUGACAUUGAAAGUAGCCCGUAUCCUAAUGUUAGUCAGCAAACUUUGAUACGCUUCCGCUCUUUGAUCAGCAAUGGUGAUGUCCAAAGUGUUCAACGAAUGAUUGACGAAAACCCGAUGGUUUUAGUUACCUCAUGUGAUACUCCCACAAUAUUGCAAAUACGUUUUCGAUACAAUGCAUUACAUGUGAUUGCUUCAAAUGGCAAUGUAGCCUUACUACAUCUUCUAUUGAACUAUUUUGAUUCGGAUGCAUUUUGGGAACGUAUUUAUCCUAAUGUGAGUAAAGAAGCAUCUUAUUGGCGGCAACAGUACGUCUUAGAUUUAUACUUGAAUAGUCCUGAACUUGGAAAUUAUGAAACCCCUUUACAUUUUGCUAGUAAACAUGGAAACGUUGAGUGUGUUGCAGUUCUAGCACGUCAUCCGCUAACAAAAAUUAAUCCACUCAAUGGGGCAGGUCAAACACCAGCCGAUUUAGCUGCAAGCCGUUUGAUGAGUACGAAAGGAAAGUCUCAGUCUGAUGUAAACGGUUGCAAUGAGAUAGCUGAUAAAAUACGACAAAUUUUAGACGAAAGUUAUAUUGUUCUAGUAGAUGUAGAAACUUCCGGUUCGAGUAUAAUACAGACGAAAAUUUUACCACCUUUAGAUACACGUAAAUUUCAAGCCUUACUUAGUCAAUGUGGUAUCACGUUGAAUGCAUGUCGAACAUUUACCAGUAUAACUACAGUGAAACCAUAUCGAACAGCACAAAACAACAACCCGCCCUCGUCAUCAACAAAACAGCCUCCUGAUUUCUAUGAGAACAGUGCUAUUCAAAGACAAUCAAUCCUUGAUGAUGAAUAUGGCGGUCAACUGAUGAAACGACUACGAGGUUUUUCAGGACCAAUGCCAUCGAAUACAGCUGUUGAAUUACGAAAGAAAUGGAUUCAAUAUAACAUGCCCAAUGCUAUUGACUGUAAGCCUUUUUCACGUCUGCGCCUAAUUGAUGCUGAAAGAGGAUAUGAACGUCAAGGAAGAUAUCUGUCUCGUCUAUUCGGAACCCAAUGGUAUGAAUAUUGGGAAUUUCUAGAUGAUUUUAUUGAUUUAAACACUGAAAAGGGCUUGUCUACUUUAGAAGAUUAUUUAUCUAACCAUCAACUUUUGAAAAAUAAACGUUCUUCAACAUUGAACAAUUGUAAUGCGGAUGCUUUGAAUGCUAAUAAUAACGAAAAUUGUAAUGGAUCAAAUCAUUGCAAUGUCAUUGAUGAAAUCAAUUUUUCUCUAUCGCCUACAUCUACUCCACUUUUUAAUCAAAAUAAUAAUCAGGAUGAUGAUGAUGAUGAUGAUGUAUUCCCGUGUGAAGGAACACCAAUAAGGCGAUCAACAGCAUAUGUGAAUAAUACUACUGUUAAAUCAAAUAUUGAUUUAAACAAUGAACGUUGGUUAUCUUAUCGACAAAAAAGAGGAUGUAUACAUGAUUUAAAUGAUAGUUUAGAAGAAAGUACAGAUCAAUCAAAUUCAAGUAUUUUAUCACAUGGAGAAACAUCAGAUAGCGAUGAACCAAUACCCAAAAAAGUAACAGAAAGUCCUAUUAUUGGACUAUUGAAACGUUUAACAUUUCUAAGUCCACUGAAUUGGUUAAAAUCAACAUCCAAAGGAGUAGGACCAGGAGGCGAUGAAAACAGUCAAACAUCUUUAGAUCAAUCAAUUCCAUGUGAAAAUAACCCAUCUACAAACCGGGCACUUGUUAACAACACUACAACUUCUAAGCCUGGACUAACAACAACAACAAAUAAGCGUAGAAUAUCAGCAACAAGUAUCCAGCGUUCACAUUCUUCUACAGAUGAACCUGAAGUGAAAAAACCUUCCCUGAUGAAAAGGCUAAAAGAGAUUUAA